UUAUCAUUAUUCGUGAUACACUAGACACACAAUGAAAUUAAAUAUGCACUCAUCUCGCAAUUUUUUAUCUCAUGACUAAUCUUUAAUAACAACGCGAAUCGAAAAUCACGUUCUAUUCUUUCCUGAGGCGUCUAGUGUACACACCUUCCCGGAUUAACCACAUUUUCUUAAGUAAAUCGUAACAAAGAAGAUGUUCAACACGUUGUGGUACGGUAUCUUCCUCAUGGGUUUGUUCCAUUCGUCCCAAACCCAGUGUACCAAACCCAGCCCGACCACAGUCAGUGGUACCCACGCACCAACCACGACAAUUUGUUCCGGCGACCUGAUUUUCGAAGAUGAGUUUGACGAACUCGAUUUGCAAAAGUGGAACCAUGAAUUGACGCUGGGUGGAGGUGGGAACUGGGAGUUCCAAUGGUACGCCAACAGCAGGUACAACAGCUACGUGGAAAAUGGGACACUUUUCCUGAAACCAACCCUAGUGGCUGACGAAUAUGGAGAAAUGUUUUUGUCGACGGGGAAUUUGGAUAUCAAUGGUGGUGCUCCAGCAGACCAGUGUACCAAUCCGGCGUUUUAUGGUUGUCAGAGGCAAGGUACCACCCAGAAUUAUUUGAACCCAGUCAAAAGUGCCCGGAUUCGAACUGUGCAUUCGUUCAACUUCAAAUAUGGUAAAGUCGAAGUUAGAGCGAAACUUCCCGCUGGCGACUGGUUGUGGCCUGCCAUUUGGAUGCUACCCAGAUGGAACCAGUACUCCGGGUGGCCCGUUUCCGGCGAAAUCGACAUCAUGGAAAGCCGUGGCAACCGCGCCCUUGUCAAUGCUUCCGGUGUCAAUAUCGGUACCCAGAUGGUCGGUUCCACCUUGCAUUGGGGUCCAUCGGCGAAAUACAACAAGUAUAAUUUGACCCAUCUGGAAAAACUAAAUCCGGAUGGUUUUGACACCGAUUGGCACAAAUAUCAAUUGCUAUGGGACGAAACGAGUCUUCAGUUCUCCAUAGAUGAUGAGGUUUUGGGGAAGAUUGAACCUCCAGCUGGUGGCUUCUGGGAAUUGGGUAACCUCAGUUACUCUGGUUACGACAACCCGUGGAAAGGGAGUAAAUCGAAACUGGCGCCCUUCGACCAGGAGUAUUAUAUCCUGUUAAAUUUGGCCUGUGGUGGUGUGUCCUAUUUUCCUGAUGAAGCCACUAAUCCUGGAGGAAAACCCUGGUCCAAUGUGUCUCCAACCGCCUCUAAAGACUUUUGGAAAGGGAAGGACCAAUGGUUGCCUACUUGGCAGCUAGGAAACGAUACUGCGGCUUUCAAAAUUGAUUACGUCAGAGUCUGGGCUUUAUGAAUAAGUUUAAAAAUGUAAAAUAAAACUAUAUUGUCAUUCAUCUUUAUAUAAAAAUCA